GGUGAAAGUAUGAGAGAGGAAGGACUUCAUAACGUAUCCUACAACAUUUCAGUUUGGCGGGAACAAGAAAUUUGAUGUUCUUCUGGCUUCGUUUUAGUGUUGCCUGAUCAGAUGCCUUACUCGUCUGUGAUUUGCAAGAGCAUUUCCUAAUUCCAUUUAUGUCAUUGGGCAUGUUAGGAAACACUGAAUCAACCAAUGACAGCCAUACGCGAUCCUCAGAAGUGGAUCUUCCAUGAACCGAUGAUCUGACUCGACACCAGUCAACAGUCAAUCACCGAAUAACCUAUUGGAUUUAUUUUACUUGGGGAGUAUCUCUUUGGCAUGCUUUUGACUUGAGUGAAAUCGUCUCUUCUUGAUCUGUUCUUUAGCUAGCUCUACCAGGAUGUAUCCUAAAUUUGAUAUACCCACGAUUCGAGUGGCUGAUGGAGUCAAGUUUCUCAAGAAACAGUUCGAACCGCCCGGCAAGGACGGGAGAUUGUCGACGCCUGGAUUACCGGAGGACUAUGUAUAUGAGGAAUUGCUAACAAGAACUAGUUGGUGCAAUGCAGACUAUGCCUACAAACAAGUGGAUCGGGGCAAGGCACAGGGGAACAAGGCGGCAUUGUGGCUCCGGAGCAAGCUCCAGGGGUUCCUCUUCUCUCUGGGGUGUUACCUGCAAAUCCACAGCGGCAAGGCACUCUUUCUUGGACUGGUUAUAUUGGGCGCAUGUGCCGUUGGACUAAAACUCACCAAGAUAGAAACAAAUGUGGAAAAACUUUGGGUGCAAGUUGGAGGGAGGUUAGAGCAGGAAUUGGAGUACACAGAAGCAACAUUGGGAACGGGCUGGGGUGCAACAAGCCAAAUAAUCGUGCAAACGCCAAAGAAAGACGGGGAAAACAUCCUCACACAAUCGGCCUUACUGCAACAUGUUAGGUCGGCCGUUCUUGCGACGCAAGUUGAAGUCGACAUGUAUGGAGUUACAUGGAGUUUUAAAGAUGUAUGUUUCAUAACAGAGUAUCCUAGCUUUGAAGACCAUUUAAUAGAUAGUAUUAUAGAGAACAUUAUUCCUUGUACAAUAAUCACGCCAUUGGAUUGCUUCUGGGAAGGAGCCAAGUUACUUGGGCCUGAAAGGCCUAUUCAAAUACCAAAUUAUAACAAAACCCUAAGAUGGACCACCUUGGACCCUCUUGGGCUUCUUGAAAUUUUUGAGGGUUACGAGGAGUACUUCUCACCGGAAGCCUUCAGAGAUAUUAUUAUUAGAACGGGUAUUGGGCAUGCCUAUCAAGUAAAACCUUGUCUAAAUCCUUUAGAUCAGGAAUGUCCUGACAUGGCACCCAACAAAUUAUCGGGAGAGAUCCCGAAUAUUGCAGCUCAUUUAACAGGUGGCUGUGCGGGUUUUGCCAGCCGCUACAUGCAGUGGCCGGAAGAACUCUUGAUUGGGGGAGUCUCCAAGAAUCAGAAUGGCUCGGUACAGAGUGCUGAGGCGUUACAAACCAUUAUUCAGCUGAGAGGGGAAAAAGACAUGUACGAAGCAUGGAAAAAUAACAUUAAGGUCAGUGAGGUCACAUGGACGGACGAAAAAGCGAAGGCUAUCCUUAACGAGUGGCAGAGAAAAUUUACUGAUAUUGUGAGGAAUAGCACAAUAACCAACACAACUCAGAACGUCAAUGCUCUCUCGUCCGCCUCGUUAGAGGAUCUCCUCCAAGACUUCUCAAGGACUAGUGUUGUGCGGGUUGCUAUGGGUUACGCCAUUAUGACCAUGUACGCUACCCUUACGAUGAUGAAGCUUUAUGAUGGUGUUCGGUCCCAAGGAGGACUUGGUCUUUUCGGGGUCCUGCUGGUGGCAGGCUCAGUCGCGGCAGGACUAGGGUUCUGCGCCCUUAUUGGCAUUGUAUUCAAUGCAUCUACAACUCAGGUUUUACCAUUUUUAGCUCUAGGAGUCGGAGUGGACGAUAUGUUUCUCCUGGCCCACACAUCUACCUCAAUACCCUCAGAAAUUCCACUUCGGCACAAAACCGGUGAGAUCCUGCGUCGAGCAGGAGUCAGUAUAAUCCUGACGUCAGUCAAUAAUAUCUGUGCCUUCAUGGCAGCAGCCAUCAUUCCAAUCCCAGCGCUUAGAUCACUUGCCUUCCAACUUGUCAUAGUAUUGACCUUUAAUCUCCUGGUCAUGCUGCUAGUCUUCCCAGCAAUCCUUGCCCUGGAUGCAGAAAGGAGAGAAGAAAAGAGGAUAGACCUCCUUUGCUGUGUCCAAAGUCAACAAGCACACAGAGUCAUCAGGGUGCAGCCUCGGCCCCUCUGUGGUGGUUCAGACCCCUACAGGGAGUCACCUCUCCCGAAUCGCUUCUCAAGGAAAUCUCCUCGACGCUCAUCUCCUAACAGGACCACAGACGUCACCCUCCAUUCCACUGUCCAAACCAUCACACAUGCACCCACAGACGGGUACAGCGGUCAGUGCGUCACUGAGGUUAUACCAACUGCUUCUACCACCACCGAUAGGACCACGCCCCUUCCUCCGUACGACUCGGCACCACCCAGCACGGCAGCGUCGGUAGCAUCGAUGAGAACGUUGCUCAAAGCGCAGAAGAUGUCGUUUGGGGACUGUCUGAAGAAGUUACGGUUCUGGAGGUGGAAUUUCUCAGAGUUUGCUCGGGAUUGCUACGCUCCUUUUCUCCAGCAAACGUUUGUCAAGGUGACAGUAAUAGUCCUCUUCACGUGUCUCCUCGGUGUCAGCAUCUACGGCGUCCUGAUCAUGGAAGAUGGCUUAGAGAUCACUGACGUCGUACCCCGCGGCACCAGGGAGGAGGAGUUCCUCACUGUCCAGAGCCAGUACUUCAGCUUUUACAACAUGUACGCCGUGACCCAAGAGGACUUUGACUAUGCCUCUCGUCAGAAGCAGCUGUACGCCUUCCACAACGCCUUCUCUGCCAUCCCGGAGAUCAUCAGAGAAGCCGAUGGUAGUCUACCAACGUUCUGGCUCCAGAUGUUCAGGGAUUGGCUCUUAGAAAUGCAAGAAGCUUUUGACCUGGAGAAGCAGAGGUAUAGCAUCAAGACAGACCGAUGGUACUCCAAUGCAACGGACAAGGGUGUGAUAGCCUACAAGAUGAUCCUUCAGACCGGCAUUCCGGAAUCUCCUGCAGAUAUCAACAGGUAUCAUACUGGUAGAUUGGUUGAUGAAAAUGGUGUCAUCUAUGCCAAUGGUUUCUACAACUACCUGACGGUGUGGUACAACUAUGAUACCAUCUCCUACACUGCAUCUUCCGGCAAUCUGCAUCCUGCUCCGCCCUCCUGGACACCAGUCGGCAAAGCUGAUCUCGAUGUCACAAUCCCCAAGGCCAACCCACUGAACUACACCCAGCUUCCGUUUUACCUCAACAAUCUGAACACAACCCAAAAAGUCGUCAGCGUCAUCAAGGCCAUUCGCAACAUCUCCGACUACUACACGAGUGAGGGCCUGCCGAACUACCCCCUCGGUGUGCCGUUCACCUUCUGGGAACAGUACAUCCACCUUCGCUUCUACCUGGCCCUCUCCCUCGUCAGCCUCUUGGGGGCGUCCUUCAUCAUCGUAGCCCUGAUGCUUGUCAACCCCUGGGCAUCUCUGAUCUUGGUGUUUGUGCUUGGGAUGAUCACGGUGGAGCUGUUUGGUUUCAUGGGGUUGAUAGGUCUAAAGCUCAGUGCAAUACCAGCUGCUACUCUCAUUGUAUCCGUGGGCAUCGGUGUCGAAUUCACCCUUCAUACUUGUUAUGCCUUUUUGACAACCAUUGGUAACCGAGAAAGGAGGGUCACAUUCGCCUUGGAACAUACUUUCGCACCAGUGCUAGAUGGCGCUGUUUCAACCCUUCUUGGUGUUGUUAUGCUUGCUGGAGCAGAGUUUGACUUCAUCGUGAGCUACUUCUUUUACGUUUUUCUGGCACUCAUCAUCCUGGGGGUAUUGAAUGGAUUAGUCUUGUUACCAGUCCUUCUGUCAUUAUUUGGACCACAUGGUGAGGUUCAACCAGUGGCCAAUGCCAACCGGCUUCCCUCCCCUACCCCACCCCCUACUCCCCCCACCGAGCGGGCUACGAGGUUGAGGCACUGUAGGUGGGACAGUGAGCCCCCUGCUGGGUCGUAUCCAGCCGCUAUUGUCAGGGAAGACGUGUGUAGCAACUCAGAGCACAUAGAGAUACAUCCACCGGAGGUUGUCGUGGAAACCAGUGUUCAUCAUCCGCAUCUUGUUACCGAGAUGAUUCAUCGCACAAAAGGCCACGCCAACUCGCCCAACUCUCAGAGGACGCGACCCCAGCGGACAUCGUCCAAGUACCCCCACCGACAGCAUCACCAACACCACCACCAUCCUCACCAUCAGUACCCCCACCACCACCACCAACACCCCCACUGCUCCCGCCAGUCGUUCCCCUUCUCAACCAACAACUCUUCCUCCUCCUCAUCCUCCUCGUUAAAUAAAGACUCGCCCCAUCUAGCGAGACACGUCACCACGGUUACGGCAACCGCCCGGGUGUCGAUCGUCCACGGGAACACCUGCACUGUCGGCGAGGAGCGGAGGUACCCUAGGAGGGGGAGACGGGGUGAGGAUACCGUUUUCUCAGAGUCCAAGGAGAGGGAUGUGAAGUUGGAAUGCAUAGAGGGGGGAGAGGAAGAGCAGAGGGCCAAGAAGACGGAGGAUAGUGGUAGCGAUAAGAUCCAAGACUCAACGGUUUAGCAUGAUCGGGAGCUACCAAACUCUUCCUAGCCAUUGUGACGACCUGCAAUCGAAUCAAGCAGCUGUUUUUCCUUUUUUCGACUUUGUGGAUUGAAUGCCCAAGUCCCUGCUCUUCGUAUCUCCUUCUCAACAAGGUGGUGGGAU